AUUUAAGUGUCCAGCAUGAAGCGGGAGUAGUGAGUCCCCAGUGGCCAGGCCCUGAGUUCGUUCAUAUGGCACCUGCCGUGGUACCAGAAGCUCCAAUGCAGUACAUAAUCGUCCGAUUCCACUGGCACUUCCUCUGACGGGAUCUUCGACUGUCUUUGGCCACGUCCGCUGAGCAUAGUCCGUCUCAAGCAUUUUCCGCGGUGGGCUCCGUGAUGCCGUGACCGCCAUCGUUGCAACCACCAAAGUCCUUCGCCAACUUGGCAUUUUGUGAAUAUAGAUACGAGAGCCGGCAAGUGCAUUUAAGUUGUGUUAAUCUACAUCUAGUACUGUUGAUGGAUUGUUGGGUAUUUAUAUACAGUGAUAGAUGGAGGUUGUGGAGUGGUGACAAGUGUAUUACGAAACUCACAAGUCAAGUUGCUCAAGCAGUGUCGGUUAAGUGGCGGUCGUGAGCUGUGGCUGGAAGCUUCGACCAUAGUAGACUUCGACUUCAUAUCUCUGAGCAGGCGCGUUUUCGGCAGUACAUAUCAUAGAUUUUGCAAAAUCAGAGUAUAAACCCAGGAACUCGUUCUAAGCUCAAUCGGAGUGGACUGAGACCUGCAGGCGUUAGCUCGACUGCGUGAAAUAACGUGAUUUCAGGUGUUGCGCUCUUGGCAUGCAAGCCACCCAUUAUGGAGGUUGGCCGUGUGUCGGUUCGUGUGAAACCAGCUGAAACUGUAUUGUUGAACAAGUCGUUUUGAGUUUAUUUCAGGAUUCGGGGUGUGUUGAAGUUCGUGGUUCAACAGCAAAGUGGAGCUUUAAAAUCAAGGGGUUCAUAUCCGAGGCUGUUGUGUAGUUGUAGCCCUGUUAGGCGCUCUCAAAGAGCGGCAUCUGAUGACACCUGUGCCCUUAAGCUCCGUGCCAUUGAUAUCAAGCUUUGCGGAGCACCAAAUUUCCCCAAUGGAAACUAGGAAGGAGUCCGAGUUUGUCAGAGAGCUCAUCAGGAGACAAGUAGCUCCGAAGGGGGCGUCUUCGGAGACAGGGAGGAAAGCUCUGGAAGACAAGCUUGUACUGACAAUGGAGGAGAUCAGCAAGCACAAGAGCGAAACGGAUGCAUGGGUUGUGGUUGACGGAGUUGUUUAUGACAUCACCCGAUUUGUGGACACUCAUCCCGGCGGUGUAGAGGUAAUCUACCAGCAUUUGCAUAUGAGUGACGUCGGCAAGUUGAUGCGAGGCGAAGAGGGCGACUCUCCCGACUCUCAUCCUCAUAGCAAAUACGCCUUCCGUAUGCUCCAACAGUAUCGCAUCGGCCGUGUUGGUGAUUACAGGAGUGGUGAUGAUACGGCGCAUUCAAACCGUGGCAGCGAGGAAAGCAAAUACGUUGUGGAUCUCAAUAAGCCCCUCGUCUUCCAGGUUGGGAAAUUGGGUGCUGACUACGAUCGAUGGGUGCACGACCCCGUGGUGCAGAAGGAGCCUCCUCGGUUUUUUGAAAGUGAUAUUGCUGAGUUCUUUACACGAACAGCAUGGUGGGUAAUACCAGCAGUAUGGGGACCUUUGGUGAUAUAUCUCGCAGUCCUCGCCCACAAAGGCGGACUAUGGCUAUCUACUGCACCUUUCGUCAUGGCCAUCGGAGCAUUUAUAUGGACGUUUAUUGAGUACUUGUUGCACCGCUAUGUUUUUCACAUGAAAACGACUGGCAAGUGGUCAUGUACCGCACAUUACUUUCUACAUGGCUUUCAUCAUAAGCAUCCGAUGGACGGAACGCGUCUUGUAUUUCCACCUGCUGUCACUGGAAUUCUCGUUAUUAUUAUCUGGUACCUGACCGAGCCGCUGGUGCUGCUUCUUGGGAGGCCGGUGAAGCUGAGCUUGUUCAGUGGCGGACUGCUAAUGUACAUCGCUUAUGACCUCACACACUACUUCCUCCACUUCGGCACUCCUCACAACGAACUAGCACGAUCGCUGAAGAGAUCUCACUUGAACCAUCACUUCAGAAACGAGCAUUAUUCUUUUGGGGUCACCUCCCAUUUCUGGGACACAGUCUUCGACACUGCUCCGCAGUAUAUGAAAAAUCUGUUACCAGAUAUACAGUGAUCCAUGAAACCUCGGAGUCCAUUUUCUUCGCUGUUAAUGUCGAUGUAGAUUAGCAAAUUUGGAGGCAUUCGUUCAUUGUGCACAGCCGCCAUUCUAAGGUGUCCCUCUUCAACCUGCUGAAAAUGGAAGUUCACGUAAUGGCUAGUGUUUUCAAACGUCUGUUUAGCUUGUAAAAUUCACUUGCAGGAAACGUUAUAGAAGUUGACUAGUUACUCACCCGGAUGGACCAAGAUUGAAUUUAUGAUCUUAGUCCUGGGUCAGUUUAACUGCUUGUAGAAAAAAACAUGAGACAAUUCGCUUUUUGCUAAGCACCAGAAAGCUGUAUCUUUCUUGUUAGUUGUGAAGACACGACUCACAUGAACACACACUGAAAAAGAUAGGACUUUCGGUCGUGCGUAUGAGCACAAGAGUGUCUUUAGUUGAGAGUCUUCUGCUUAUUGGUCAUAGUCUGAAGGAAGAUGAUCUAAAUAAACAAAAACAAAAGUUUGAGGGGUACCCACAUUCAGAAACUCAUUUUGAAAGCAUCAUGAAAAUUUCUGUCCUGGUGAAGAAAAGUUGUUAUUUGGAAGUUUUGACUUAUGGAGAUAAUAUAAUGCAUCACAUGCAUCGCAUGUACCAAAUCA